GUCGGCCGUCUUCUGAAAGCAUGGCUUUUCCUGCAGGAUUCGGAUGGGGGGCAGCCACCUCAGCUUAUCAAGUGGAAGGAGGCUGGGAUGCAGAUGGAAAAGGCCCUUGUGUCUGGGACACAUUCACCCAUCAGGGAAGAGAGAGAGUUUUCAAGAACCAGACUGGCGAUAUAGCUUGUGGCAGCUACACUCUGUGGGAGGAAGACUUGAAAUGUAUCAAACAGCUUGGAUUGACUCAUUACCGCUUCUCUCUUUCCUGGUCACGUCUGUUACCUGAUGGGACGACAGGUUUCAUCAACCAGAAAGGAAUUGACUAUUACAACAAGAUCAUUGAUGAUUUGUUAACAAAUGGGGUCACACCCAUCGUGACCCUCUACCACUUUGAUUUGCCUCAGGCCUUGGAAGACCAAGGAGGCUGGUUGUCAGAGGCAAUGGUUGAAUCCUUCGACAGAUAUGCCCGGUUUUGCUUCAGUACAUUUGGGGAUCGGGUCAAGCAGUGGAUCACCAUAAAUGAGCCUAAUAUUUUUGCCCUGCUGGCAUAUGAGUUUGGUGUCUUUCCCCCUGGUGUGCCUCACGCUGGAAUGAAAGGUUAUCAAGCGGCUCAUAAUUUGAUGAAAGCUCAUGCCAGAUCCUGGCACAGCUAUGAUUCCUUAUUCCGCGAAGAGCAGAAGGGUAUGGUGUCUCUAUCAAUUUUUGCUGGCUGGGCAGAACCAGCGGAUCCCAAGUCAGUGUCUGACCAGGAAGCAGCUAAAAGAGCCAUGGCUUUCCAACUGGACUUCUUUGCUAAACCCAUAUUUAUCGACGGCGAUUAUCCUGAAGUUGUCAAGUUGCAGGUUGCCCUCAUGAGUAAAAAGCAAGGCUACUCAUCGUCAAGGCUUCCAGAAUUCACAGAAGAAGAGAAGAGGAUGAUCAAAGGCACUGCUGACUUCUUUGCUGUGCAGUAUUACACGACUCGCUUAGUCAAGUACCAGGAGAACAGGAAAGGAGACCUGGGUUUACUCCAGGAUGUGGAGGUUGAAGUUUUUCCAGACCCAUCUUGGAUAAGUGUGGACUGGGUCUACGUGGUGCCAUGGGGAAUACGUAAACUACUGAAAUACAUUAAGGAUACGUAUAAUAACCCUGUAAUUUACAUCACUGAGAAUGGGUUUCCCCAGGGUGACCCCACAUCUUUUGAUGACACUCAGCGCUGGGAGUAUUUCAGACAGACAUUUCAGGAGCUGUUCAAAGCUAUCCAACUUGAUAAAGUCAAUCUUCAAAUAUAUUGUGCCUGGUCACUUCUGGAUAACUUUGAGUGGACCCACGGGUACAGCAGCCGGUUUGGUUUCUUCCACGUUGAUUUCGAAGAUCCAGCAAGACCCCGAGUCCCUUACGCGUCAGCCAAGGAGUACGCUAAGAUCAUCCGAAACAAUGGCCUGGAGGGACCUCUGUAGAAACGAUGGCCAGGCAAUUUCACCUGGAGAAGGGGCCCUCUGCCCUUGGAAAGGAAAUCUGCUUCGGUGAUCCCUCAGAGACCCACAAAUUGCCUUGGUAAUCAAUAGGUCCUACCAGCUGAUCCGUGAUCACGAAGUCUGAAUAUGUAAUGCCUGGGGAUGUAUUUAAUGAUGGCUUUUACUCUAUUUGUAUUUGAUCAAUGAGGCUUUAAAAAAAAAUAGAAUAGGAAAACCGCUGCAAUUGAUUCUUAUGUUAACAAAUCAGUUGGACUUGGAAACUUCAAUUUAAAUCCUUAGAAUUUUUCUAGAAAAAAAUAAUGCAGAAUUGACAAACACAGUGAGCUCGUGAUUUGCACCUCUUAACAGCAGACCACUUAUUUUAAGAAUACUUGUUUAUGAGCCUAUUGUUUUCUGUUUGCAUAAGCUAUUGUUUGCUUUUAUAGGUCCAUUGUCAUGUGGUCCAUGACUUUCUAUUACGUAACCUAGUGUAAAAAUCAAAAUGAAAAGUUAGUCACAUUAUAUCAUUAUGCAUUCUGUUCACCAAAGAAUUAACUGAUAACCUGCUUAAUAAAAUGGAUCGGUUGAUAUAUUUGGCACAUAUUUUACCUAUGCAUGAACAAGUACGUCUUUCUUUUGCCUGACAAACUUUUGGAAAAUAAUAAAUUAAUGAAACGAACCAGGAUGUGAAUGGUUAAAAAAAAAGAGUAUUUGAGUGUUGAUGUUUAACAG